GUCUUAGAAGGGUGCAGAGUACUUACACACAGAAGCAUACUGCAAGAGUAGCAAGACCUGACUAGAUUUCUUCCAAGGAUGUCCACAGUUACUUCAGUUGAUGUGAAUGGCCUAACAGUCAAUCAAGAACUCCCACAACAAAGAGCUGGAGCAGGAACCAUUUAUGAGAACAUGACCACAGUUCAGUCUAUUCCUCAUCUGGAAUUUUUUCCAAAAACACAUGCAGUGGCACUUGGGACUGUCCAGAUCAUGACUGGUUUUGUGAUUGUGUUACUUAGCAUUGUCAUGGGAUUUGAUUCCCCCAUUACAGCUGGUGUCGUCAGCUGGAUUGUGUACUGGGGACCUCUUAUUUUUAUUGUAGCAGGUUCUUUAACCAUUGCUGCAGAGAACAAACUCAGUCCCUGUCUGGUGAAAUGUUCUCUUGGAAUAAAUGUGAUAAGUGCAGUAACUGCAGGAAUAGCCAUCUUUUUACUGAUGCUAGAUAUUUACACUAUCUCAUUUUAUGGACCUCUACAUAAUCAAAAUAGUGCAUCCUUGCUAUACCUUCCUGGAAUUAGUGGUGUGUUGGAGGUGUUCUUCAUCCUUCAGUUUAUAAUAUCCAUCUGUCUGUCUGCAUUUGCAUGCAAAACCAUCACCUAUUGUCACCUUUCACAAGCAGUUACUUUAACUCCAAAUGAACAGUCCUUCUCUGAGCCGGUUCCCGUCACCAUUCCCAGUGUCACAGAGGGUUUACAGGAUUAUGUUAAUAUGAAUGGGAUGUCUGAAGUGGUCAGUGGACAAAGCGACCCCUCUCCAACAACAAGAAACAAUACGAUUGGCCAGAACAAUGAGCAUGAGUAUGAAAAACCAAAUAACAAUUACAUGCUCACAAUAGACUAAAUACGGUUACACUUUAUUUUGAUAGUCCAGUUUAGACAUUCUACUAACUAUAAAUAACUUUGCAACUACAUGUCAACUAACUUUCAAUAUUUUGCAACUAUACGUCAACUAACUGUCAUCAGUGUAUUAGUAGACUGUAAGGGUUGGGGUUAGGGAAGAGGUUUGGGUUAGUGGAAUAAGUUGACAUGCACCUGCAAAGAUACUUAUAGACAGUUGAAUGUCUGUUGAGAUAUCAUCACAAUAAAGUGUUAGUAGAUAUUAAGCAGACAAUCUACUAAUUCUCUAAAGAUUGGUAGUUGAUAAGUAGUUACAAAGUUACUUAUAGUUAGUAAAAUGUCUAAAGUGGACUAUCGAAAUAAAGUGUUACCCUAAAUACACAAUUAAAUCAACACAACAGACGCUAUAUAUAAUUUAGAUCAUAAAGACACAAAGGGACUUAGAUUAAUCCAGGACUAUAUGCCUUAGUUAUGUCAGGACAAGUCGUUUUUACUAACAUACUUAACAAAAACAAUACUGGUAUGGUAUACAUCUUGAGACAAAACAACUAAGGGUGUUUUCACAUAUAGUUAAUGUUAAAAGAACCAAACCAAGUUCACUUAAAGUGAACCAGAAAAGGAACUAGCCGAAUGUGACCCCAGUCCUUUUGGUGUUCACAAUAUAGUGGAGUCAAAAGAGGACCCAGUUCUUUUUUUAGUCCUCUUCAGAACUGAAGUGAUCUCAGACCCUUUCUUGUUCACAUCACAUCUUCAAGAACUCAGACCCCAGCUUUCUGUGCAGCAGUUUAUUUUGAUACAAUGUCAAAACCACACGCAAAACGGACCGGGACCUCAUUGAUUUCACACAUCAAAAAGAAAUCGAACUACAAAAGAACUCAGCAGCGAACCGUACUCAGACCACCUCCACACGUGGUUUGAGUUUGGUUCGCUUUUGGGUCCUUUAAGGGGGGUCUGAGAUCACUUGGUUUAUUCACAUAUACACCCUGAACAGCUCUGAGAGCGUUUGGAGGGCUCAAACGAACUAGGUGUGAAAACACCCUAAUACAGUAUAUGUUGAGAUAUGUCAGAGCUACAUGUUUCCUGGAAACAUAUAGAAGGAAUACAACUUAGUAAAAUCUAUUAUACAUUAUACAUCAUUAUAAUGCUGGUGUAUAUGGACCAGAGUUUUAUUUACACAGUUGUUGUUGUUGUUCAUUUUGGUGUAGUGAGAUGAUGUUUUUGUUAUUGUUCAACACAAAUUACCCACUCUUACUUUAUAAGUGUGAUUUGUAAAAUUUACUGUCUGCAAAAAAUAAAAAUUAACUUCUUCAUUUUCAGUGCUAUUUUUAAUUUUAUUUGAAAACAACAAAAUGCAAAGUGCUUGUUUAAAAAAAAUUGUGGUAAAACCAAUAAAGAAGUCUUGAUGCUACUUAUCUUUCGGAUCUACUGAUAGAACAUUGUCCAGUUAUGUCUUUUUGGUCCUAAACUGAGAUUAUUAUUUAUACCAAAAUCUAAGUUGAAAAGUAGGGGUGAUCGCCCUUUUUCAAAUGCGAGUCCAAGAUUGUGGAAUGCGUUACCUUUUACUAUUAGAUGUGCUCCAUCCUUGUCUGUUUUUAAAUCUAGGUUAAAAACCUAUCUUUUUGAUUUGGCAUAUGCCUAAGGAAUGAAAUGUAUUGUAGGUAUUUUGUAUUCACGCAUUUUUUAUUGUUGUAUUUAUAUAAAGCACACUGGUAAAGUGUUGUUGUGUUUAGUAGUGCUAUAGAAAUAAAUUGACAUUGAUGCCCUAUACUCCUCCACCGGUCUAUUUGGUGACACCAUCUGUUCUGUGGUUGAUAGAGGUUAAUA